CCCCCCUGCCUCGCACAUCCGCCACCAUGUCGUCCAGCAGCGCGACGUACGACGGCUACAAGCUCUACAUCUCGCCCGAGAGCUACCUGUUCGAGCCGACGAGCGCGGGCGAGAAGCAGCAGAUCCUCAAGAUUGAGCGCGAGGAGGAUGGCGCCAUCAGCGUGCUCGACAAGCUGCCGGUGCUGACGCAGCGCGAGAAGAUCAUCAAUGUCUACGGCAUCAUCGGCCAGAUCACGCUGCACACGUCGCCCUACCUCGUGCUCAUCACUGCACGCAAGCAAGUCGGCGAGCUCGGCGGCCAUGCGCUGUGGAUGGCGACCGACUUCCGCGUCUGUCCCAUUCCGCGCGACAGCAAGCCCUCGGUGCUGGAAGAGCCCGUGGAGCGCAUGCUGCUCGGCCUGCUCAAGACGCACCUCUACUCGGCGCCGUUCUACUUUAGCUACGGCUGGGACCUGACAAGCAGCAUGCAGCGGCAGCAGGGCCAGAAGAAGGAGGCGCCGCUGUGGGAGCGCGCCGACGAGCGCUUCUUCUGGAACCGCUACCUGUCGGAGCGCUUCAUCAAGGAGACACAGUCCGGCGCCGACCUCUCGCGCUUCAUCCAGCCGAUCAUCUUUGGCUUCCUCGAGCUGAAGCAGUGCCGCAUCAACGGCACGGGCUUCACGUUCGGCCUCGUUGCGCGCCGCUCGCGGCACCGUGCCGGCACGCGCUACUUUUCGCGCGGCGUCGACAAGAACGGCGAGGUGAGCAACUUCAACGAGAGCGAGCAGUUUGUCGUCGCGGGCCAGGGCAGCGAGGAGCACCGCUGCGCAUAUCUCCAGACGCGCGGCAGCGUGCCGGUGUUCUGGGCCGAGGUCAACAACCUGCGCUACAAGCCCGACCUGCUGAUCAUGGACAAGCACGAGACGGCCGAGGCGACGGCGCUGCACUUUGAGAAGCAGGUGGCGGCGUACGGCGAGGUGUACCUCGUCAACCUGGUCAACCAGAAGGGCUACGAGAAGCCCGUCAAGGACGCGUACGAGCGUGCCGUCGAGGAGCUGGGCAACGCGCACGUGCACUACACGUACUACGACUUCCACCACGAGUGCAAGGGCAUGAAGUUCGAGAAGGUCAUGCAGCUCGUCGAGCGCCUCGAGGGCAAGGGCCUGCGCAUUGAUGACUACUUUGAGGACAGCGGCCGCGAUGCCAAGCGGACGCAGGGCGCCGUCGUGCGCACCAACUGCAUGGACUGCCUCGACCGCACAAACGUCGUGCAGAGCACGCUCGGCCGCUGGAUCCUCAACGACCAGCUGCGCGUGCUCGGCAUCCUCGCCGACGGCGAGCGGCUCGAGGACCACAAGGACUUCUGGCACGUCUUCCGCAACGUCUGGGCCGACCACGCCGACGUCGUCAGCAAGGCGUACUCGGGCACGGGCGCGCUCAAGACUGACUUUACUCGCACGGGCAAGCGCUCCAAGGAGGGCGCGCUGCAGGACGGCGUCAACUCCAUCACGCGCUACGUGCGCAACAACUUCUUCGACGGCAGCCGGCAGGACGCCUACGACCUCUUCACCGGCGCCUGGACGCCGCGCAAGGGCGUGGCGGGCGACAAGCGGGCGCUCCUCGUGCGCGCUAUGCCGUACGUGCUGCUGCUCUCCGUGCUUGUUGUGCUGUUUGGCCUGCUGGCGCCGCUGGGCGACUCUGACUCGAGCCGUCGCGCCCUCACGGCCACCGCCGUCGUCGUCGCCGCGACGUCCUUCUACUUCAUCACCGAGCGCGGCCUCGAGUACGUCGCCUGGCCCACGCUCAACCGGCCCGAGGAGACGAUGUACUACGACGGCCCGGGCUACUCCUCGGGCCGCCAUGGCCGCGCCGCCGUGCCCGGACACUACGACCGGCGCAACACGAGCAAGGCGAGCACGAAGCCCAAGGACGUCGCCGCGCUCAACAAGAAGGAGGGGCGCCGUGGCUACUGAGCGUCGCGGCCUGCGGAUCUUGCACCUGUCGCUGCACCCACCCAUCCCCGCAGC